AUGUCCUUGCGAGCUUGCGAGUUUGAUGUCCUUGCAAUUCUCUCCCUCGCGUGUGCAAUCAGCCAAUGCCAGAUCAAACUACCUGGUGGUGCAUAUGUAGCAAGUACUGCGCCAGCACAAAAACCGCUCUCCCUUCGCGGCCUACAUGGUACCGACACCUUCGCGAAGCUGCCAGUUACUGUAUCUACUAGUGGGCAGUAUGAUAUGCCUGGCACUUCCAAACGGCCUAGUAAUGAGCUAGACAGUGCUGAACAUGCUUCGCCAUCAAAACGCCAGCAUACUCAGACAUAUGAGCAUCCCAGCUCUCCCCUGCACGAUCCCCCACCUCACGACAAUCCCCUACCUCAAGACAAUCCCCUGCACGAUCCCCCACCUCACAACAAUCCCCUACCUCAAGACAAUCCCCUACCCUUACCUCAAGACAAUCCCCUACCUCACGACGAUCCCCGACCUCACAACAAUCCCCUACCUCAAGACAAUCCCCUACCUCAAGACAAUCCCCUACCCCUACCUCAAGACAAUCCCCUACCUCAAGACAAUCCCCUACCUCACAACAAUCCCCCGCCGCAGGAGGCUCCACCUCAGGAGGCCCCGCCGCCGCGACAAGAGCCUCCACCUCAUGGGGACCAACCACAGGAACACCCCGAACGAUCCCCUCUUGCGGACCUUGACUUAGAUGCACUUGCAUGUCGACCCUCCCCCAAGUUUCGCCGCUGGGCUCGCCUUCGCUUGCCUAAUGGACAGAUUGCCAGGUCUGCAUGGACAGAGACCCAGAAGUCACCCGAAGAUGUUCGCAUGGCUCGAAACAUCAAAGUACUCCUACACGGCCAAGAGCGUUUUGCAGAAGUACUAUACUUUGCGCAACUCGCCAUGGAAAACGACGAUCACAACUCCGACAACGAGGAAGAUGAAAAUAACUGGCACUUUGUGAAUGUCGCCCUGAUCACGCUAUACUCACUUCCCCAACCAGAAUUGUUGGCUCUAUCCUAUGGCGCUCUCAUUUCCUGCAUUCACGAAGGUGAAGAAAGUCUUCGUGUUAUAGAUGUCAACACCAUUCAGUCAGUUGUUGGUAUGAUACCUCACAAGCCCACCCUUCCAAACGGACAAGUAGAAGAGCGGUUCUUCCUUGUGGAGAAGACAGGUUUAGACAUUGCACGCUGCGGAUUACAAGACGACAACGGUGUCUUAUUGUCAAAGCAAAUGCAAGCCUUGCAGGAAACUAUUGUAUCACUUCGUGCAGAGAAUGCAGUUCUGCUGGCCUCUCGAGAUUCAUACCAAGAUGCAUAUGACAAACUUGUAGCCUCACUUCGGCUGAUUCAAGUCGGAACUCCAUCAGAGCCUGGCACCACUACCGAGCAUCCUGUCAUUCUGCAGCCUAUGACAUUAACGCUCCCUCCUCAGCUCAAUAAAUCGGACUACCCCAAUGUCAGGUUUUGGACGCACAAGAGCUUCAAGGUCUACGACAAGAGUGCGAAUGCGCAGUCUACAGACCGCGGUGCAUUUCCAUUCCUCGAAGAUAAGGACGGUCAUCCACUAUCAGAAGAUCAUGUUGCUGCCAUUGGGCAGGCAAUGCGGGCAAUCUGGCAUGGCUUCAAGUCGCGUCACAUUGCACCUGUCACUUGGGGGGGUGCGAGCUCUGCUGUUAAGAAUGAGUUCAUUGCAGAGAUGGUGAAGGCACAUCCCGAGGUGGGAUUCUGCGAACACUAUUGGAAGAUUAACGCAUUGGCUACAGCACGUUAUUCGUCUUGGAAGCAGUCAUACUUGACUGACUCUGAGGGGAUUCAAUCGGAGGCUAAAUUGGACAAUUUGUCGCGCAAGAAACGCAAGUCGUUGAAAGUGAAAAUCUCCGAUGACGACUGUGAACGUGCCAUGAAGAGGCUCAGGGUUGGCGACUCCGACGACUCCGACGGCAGCAUUAUAUUGUCGCCCACUAUCAGUGGCAACUUGAUAGACUACGAGACAUCAACUUCAUCCCCCCAUGAUACCACUGCAUCCACGCCCUCUGAAUAUCCUGCAAGCACAAGCACAUCGGACACAGACCCAUCCACUACCACGAACACUUCCAGCUCCAACACUUCCAUUAGCAUGAACGUAUCCACUACCACAAACACUUCCAGCUCCAACACUUCUAUUAGCAUGAACGUAUCCAAGGACAUUUCUAUACUUACAAACGCAUCCAACGAUGGCAUUCCCACAGUCGCAAACUCAUCCAAUAAAGCUACUCUCAUAUUCACGAACACAUCCGACAAUGACUCUCCUGCAGCAUGCAUGUCUACCGCACCGGGUACCGUUCCCGACUCUACCGUUCCCGACUCUACCAUUCCCAAUGCCAUUCCCGAUGCAAAGCGCACAGCGAGGAUUAUUAUUAAGAAUCCUCUUGCAGCAUUCAUGAAUAGUAACGCGACUCCGAUGACGACUCUGGCAGUUUCUACUACGGCUGUCUCAGAUCCUCCUACUACCAUCCCCCCUGCCAUACCUGCAUCAAACUCGGGCUCCAGUGAGCCGAAGCCUGUGGCACCAUCAGGACCCAUGAUUGCAAAGAAGAUGCGGCCAGGUAACACGAAGAACGGCAGCUCGACAGGAACCUUUGUGCGCAUCGGUGGUUGA